AUUUCUUCUGGAGAUGCUGGGCGCGAAGGGGGUGGCGGAGAAGAGGUGGGCAUGGACUUGGGGGGCUCCUUGCAGGGAGCAGCAGGAGAGAGUGAGAGAUCCCGGCACAGGGAUGAGAGAUCCCCGAAACACCUGGCGCGGGAAGGGGGGAUCCUGGCACGCGGGGUGUUUUCGUGAUGUAUUUUUCACUCUCCCGGCUGUCCAGGAUAAGCAGAUUAGUCAGAAGGCUUAAUAUUGCAGAAAAGAAGCGACCAGAAGUUGCCCCCGAGUCUCUUCAGUUGGGGUGAAAUUUACCAGUACUAAAUAUUCCCUUUUUUGCCUCUUUCGGUUCCUGAUAAUUGCCGGCAGCCUCUUCCUCCGCCUCCUCCCCAUCUUUGCUUCGCAUCUGGCACGGUCUCCAGUUCAGGUUGCCAAUCUCUAGGUGGUACCUGGAGAUCUUCUGGUACUACAACUGGACCCAACUGAGGCCGUGGCCCUCCCCUCAGCCAGGAUUUUUUUACUGGGAGAUUGGGGGCAAGUGAGUAUAUCUGGGGGGACCAUCCAUUACUAUUUACACAGUAGACCCAUUUUCUACUUGAGACACAAGGUGGAUUACAUAGGAUAAAGUAAUGUAAUCAAAUAGCACAAGAGAUCUCUUAAGUAAUGCAACAGGACUGGGGGUACAAGAAUUCCAAAAGUGCAGAAGCCAGGAUCACAAAAAAUAAAUAAAUAAAAACUCCUUCAGGAAGGCUAGAGACUGGAAUCCUCUUCCUUGAGCUUUUUAAUUUUCAACAGCCAAAAAUAAAACCCCAUCCCAGUUCCCCUGCAUUGCUAAGGGAAAACUUUACUCUCCCUAUUUUCAAAUGAGCAUAAUUUGCUCAGUUUAGGUAACCAAAGCAUUUUCUACUCUCUUUUGAAACUUAUAUCCUUCACAUUUUCAGCAACCCCCAAAUGUUUCUGUUCCUAAAAAUCAAAGAGAGGUCUCUAGCGAUUGUCAAGGGCUGGAAACUUUUGCUUCUCUUUUCUCAAAAGAAUAGAACUUGUUGAGUUUAGAAAUCAAAGCAAUAUCUUGAAAUAUGUUAGUAGUCAUCCUUUUGAUAUUUACAUUCUUAACAUUUUCAGCAAACCCUACUUUGGCUGGCGUAUGGCCCAAAGGGACAAACUCAGUUAAAAGGUUCAAUAAAAUAGCAUUGGGAUCUUUAGAAAUUUUAAAAUUAGUCAUGUGAUGGAUUUCACUAAUAACAAUAUCCUCCAAGUUUUGAACAUGGCUAUUGCUUAUUUAUUCAUCUUGUCUCUUCCUUUUUGUAACCUUUUCAGGCCUUUUGGUUUUCCUCAAUGAAAUUCUCCCAUCAUAAACAGCCAGUGGAUUUAACAAUGUUGGAGAUAAGUCCAGAGUCACCCAAUGAGAUUCCAUGGCAGUGUGUGUAUUUGAAUCCGGAUCUCCCAAAUCCUAGGCCAGCACAUUCAUUGCAUCACUAGGGCCCUUUCCGCACAUGCAGAAUAAUGCACUAUCAAUCCACUUUCAAUGCACUUUGCAGCUGUGCGGAAUAGCAAAAUCCACUUGCAAACAAUUGGGAAAGUAGAUUGAAAGUGCAUUAUUCUGCAUGUGUGGAAGGGCCCAGGUUGUCUUUCAGUCAUGCAUACGCACUCUGUUUUUGUGAGGCCACAUAACUUCAUGCAGGUUAAAAAAACUAGAGCAGAAAUGAGCAGAUGUGAAGCUGUAAUGGGAAGGGGGAGCUCCUGUGCUUGAUACAUUAUGCAGGUGCUUUUCUUUGUGUUUAUUCUGGAACUGUUAAACCGUAUUAUUGUGGGCACAGUAUCAGUCAGUCUAUGGCAGCUUGCAAUGAAUUCCAGGCAGGGUUUAAAGAAAUUGGACCCAAAAGAAGCCUGGUUAGGCACGUUUUCUAAAUACGGCUUGGAAUUGUUUUCAAAGGUGUCACCACUCUGAUUUUCCUAGAUUACUUGUGACUUGUGAAAAAACAUGUUGAACUUUUCUUGCCAUUCAUUUGAUGUAUUCUCUACCCCCAUUGACUCGCCAAUUGGAUUAUGCUUCCUUGUGUGAAGAGAAAGAUGAACAGUGGAAAUCCUCCUUCAGGGCCCCCCAGGUCCUUUGUGGAGGUGGCCGUUUUCUUCACGAAGGAGGAAUGGGCUCUGCUGGAUCCGGCCCAAAGAGUCCUGUACUGGGAAGUCACGCAUGAGAAUUACGAGACAGCAGUUUCUCUGGGACUUUGGGUUCCUGAACCAUUCGUUGAUUCUCAGUACCAUCCAACAGAAAAGUGGUUGCUCCAGAGCGAUGAAGAAUCGGACAAAUGUGCUGUUGUCCCCUUUUCAGGACUUUGGGUUCCUGAACCAUUCGUUGGUUCUCAGCACCAUCUAACAGGAAAGUGGCUCCUCCAGAGCGAUGAAGAAUCGGACAGGUGUGCCAUUGUCCCCUUGUCAGGAGGGAGCUCUGCAAAGGGGCCAGGCAGAGGUGUGGCGUGGAAGGAGGCCGAAACCAGGGACCUGAUUGGGCUCUGGGGAAAGCCGACGGUCCAGCAAACCCUGAAAAAAACCAUCAGGAACUUGGAAGUGUUUGCAAAGGUGGCUGCAGACAUGAGGAGUCGUGGUCACAACAGGACUGCCGUCGAGUGCCGCAACAGGACGAAGACACUGAGGCGGGAUUUCAAACGCGUGGUGCAGCACAACAGGGUCCCUGGCAACAAGAAGAAGACCAUGCCCUUCUAUGAGGAGCUGGACGUGAUUAUCAGGCACGCCCCCCCAUCAUGCGAAACACAGAGUGUGGCGUGCACGAGGACGACGGGGUACUUCCUCCAGCCUCCCCACCCCUGUGAGUUUCAGAGCCUCUUCCCAGCAAUCAGCGGAAUGGACAUUCGCGCUUCUCCACCAAGUCCCAUGAACUUGGGGGCUCCCAACGACCUACUGCUUGACUCAGAGUCAGCGCGGAUUGAUGAGGCAAUUCUGCUGGCUCAGCCAGUUGGAGAGGAGUGUCAACCUGCGGGGACCUCCCAAGCAGAGGCGCCUGGUGACUCAUCCAAUGAAAGAACCUCCAGCGCUCAGCCAGUAGGAGAAGAAUAUCAACCUGCGGGGACCUCACAAGCACAGGCGCAUGGUGACUCAUCAAAUGAAAGAACCUCUAGCGGCCAAACUAGAUCAAUGCCAGCCAUGGAGACGAGCCCAGAGCGCAAGGCGUUGUUGGAGAAGAGGAGGCAGCGGCGAGUUGGUGUUCUCUCGGACCUCGGCCACCAGCUCCUAGAACAAGGCGCUGCGGAUGCGGAAGAGGCCAGGCAGGAGAGGCGGGAGAGGCGUUGGGCCAUGGACAGACACUUUGAAUUGAUGCUCGGCAUUCGUGGAGCUCUUGAUAGGGGUUUUGCUGCAGUUGAGGCUCUGACUAGCAUACUUACUUCAAAGUUGACGAGUCAGGACCCGGUGCCCCAAGACAAGCGCCCUGCGCCAUCCUGUGCAUUGCCGGGUGGUGAUGCGUGGCCAACCCUGGCCGAGGACACACCCCAACUCCCAACUCCAUCGGGGAAUUUUUCCGAUCCCCUCCACCCCGUCCCAGAAAGUCAGCCAACCGUUUUGCUGGGUGCAUCGUUGCUCAGAUCCCAGUUGGCAGCACACGACUCAAACCCUGGCUCGCAUGGUGUGCGUUCAAGUUCUACCAUCCCAGGAGCUGGUGAGGGUGCUCUGCUCCCCCCUGGCACCCAGAGCACCCCGCAGGCUGGACAGCAGGAAGAGUUUGGGACAAACCAGCCCAAGACAGGGGCAGCGUAAUCAGGAGCGCUCAGACAAGACGGCGUCGGGCAAGCGGGCAACGAAAGUUAAGUGUGUCCUGGACAUGUAGGUGGGGUGGGGUGUUCCAGACUGGUGACCACCAUUGUCCUGGUUUCCCACCACAUUGGGACCUGUCUGGUGUGCCGUUGUCUACUUGACUGUUCUGUUUUCCAGGUUUUCACAAGUUUUGUCAAUCUUACAGUUUAGCUAUAGGGGCUUGUAGUUUUUUGGCGGUUAACACAAGCCUCCUGCGGUUUGCACAUGUUUUUCUGUGGUUCAGAAAAGAGUUUCCUAUGGUUAAUAAAAACUUUUGUAUC